AUGGCUGCACUUCCCAAACGAAUCCUCAAGGAGACCGAGCGGUUAGUAAGUGACCCAGUCCCGGGGAUCACCGCGACGCCAAGCGAAGACAACCUUCGAUACUUUGAAGUGACAAUCGACGGGCCGAGCCAGUCCCCCUACGCUGAAGGAGUGUUCCACCUCGAGCUCUAUUUACCUGACGACUACCCCAUGUGUGCCCCAAAAGUGCGCUUUUUGACCAAGAUCUACCAUCCCAAUAUCGACAAGUUGGGGAGAAUAUGUUUAGACGUGCUCAAGGACAACUGGUCGCCGGCAUUGCAGAUCAGAACCAUCUUGUUGAGCAUACAGGCCUUGUUGGGCGCACCAAACCCGGACGACCCUUUGGCGAAUGAUGUUGCCGAAGACUGGAAGCGGGACGAAAAGAAGGCCGUCGAAGUGGCAAAGGAAUGGACUGCCAAAUACGCGACGAGAAAGGAAUGA